CUCAUCAGUGACAAGUGCAGUACGAGUGAAGGAGCAACAGGCUGAUUAAAGCAGGAAAUAUUCACUAAAAAGUCAAAUCGAUUCAUUUUAUAUUUCUCAGGAUUUUUUGGGUCUAAAUUCUGCACGUGGUGGAUCUUCAAGUCUCAGGUGUCUGAAGGUUGAUGCCACUGUGUUUGACAGAAUGUGGAGAAAUACUACAGUAGCAGCAAUGCUCAUGUUACUGACAGGAAUUCAAGCACAGCCCAGUAUAUCUUUCUCCUCUCAGAGUCUCUGUGCUGUUACUGAAUCUACAGUAAAAAUCCCCUGUACAUUUACAACACCUGGUUACUCUAGUGUCACACAGACAGAGUGGUAUCGGGUCCAGAGCUCUGAAGGAGAAGCACAAGACCUGAGGAAAGACCCACAAUACUCAGGACGAGUGUCUGUAAGCUCCUGGUGGUCUUCCUCUGAGCUGACAGUGAGCAACGUGAGAGUGAGUGACACUGGAGUUUAUAACUUCAGAUUUAAAACACGGAGCAGUGACUGGAUAUCAGCCUCAUCUGGAGUUCUUCUGACUGUUACAGAUCUGCAGGUGAAGGUGGAUCCUGACACUGUAGGACAGAGACAAGUGAAAGUGACCUGUAACUCCACCUGCAGCCUCAACACAUACAGAUUUUACUGGUACAAGAAUAACAGAUAUCUCUUGGCUACCAGUGAGGCUUUCAUUGGGCUUGACUCAAGCAAUCAAUAUCAUGAAGGCAGCUACUCCUGUGAGGUGGAUGAGAGUAACCACCGCUCUCCUCCAGUGUGUGUACUGGGUAAAAAGUGUUGGGGUGUGACUUACACGCCUGAACAUGUUUGUGCUCUGAAAGACACAUCGAUUGAUGUCUCCUGCUCUUAUAAACUCCCUGCAGGCCACAGAGUGAUUAAAUCAGUGUGGUUUAUUAGAAAGCAGGCUGAUGGUGAGGCUGUGGAUGUGAGAGAGGAUGAGGAGUAUCAGGGCCGAGUGCAGUACACACACAGCUCCCAGAAUAACUGUAGUCUGAGAAUCACUAACCUGACGGAGAGAGACGCUCAAACAUUCAGAUUCAGAUUCUACACUGACGGGGAAAAAUUCACCGGCCAACCUGGAGUUUCUCUGUCUGUCACAGAUCUGAAGGUUGCAGUAUCAGCCGCGAGUGACCAGGACAUAAGGCUGAGCUGUUCUACCACCUGCACUCUGUCUAACAACCCCACUUACAUCUGGUACAAGAACGGACAGCGUGUGUCUGAGUGUAAAUCUGCCUCCUGCUCUGUAGCUGCAGUCAGUGGUGUGGUCAGUUACAGCUGUGCUGUUGAAGGCCAUGACAGUCUCCUCUCUCCCCCAGUGUAUUCCCCCCAAAACACCAGAGCAAUGGAUCUUUCUUCUGGAGACACAGUGAAGGGGGAUUCAGUGACUCUGAGCUGUAGCAGUGAUGCAAACCCAUCUGUUCUCACCUACUCCUGGUUUAAGCGGAGACCAGCUGGUGAUACACUGUUAGCAACAGGCCAGAAUUACAGCAUCAGCAACAUCAGCUCCCACGACAGAGGACUGUACUACUGCACUACUUACAACAAGCUGGGACAUGACAACUCUACACCAAUAUACCUGAAUGUGUUGGGGCCAGAGCACAACACAGAGUACCUGUUCAUCAUAGUCGGACUUCUUGUCUUUUUGGCAGUAACACUCCUCUCAGGAGCUCUGUGGAUGUGGAAGAGGAAACUGAGCUCAGUUCAUGGUGACAGCAGCAGUAGUGAGAGUGGACCGUCUGCUGCUGUGUACGAAACUGUCCCAGCCUUGAACCACAGAGACAGUGUUGCCUCAGAUGAUCAGGACAACAUUCACUAUGCCAGUGUUGUUUUCAAAAACUUCUACAUACCGGAAGAGUCUCUAUCACCCAGACUUUCUCCAGACACCACAGAGGAAGAGGAUGUUCAGUAUGCUACUGUGAACAUUAACAGGCUUGUGACAGAUGACGCAGCUGAAGAUUCAUCUCCGAUCUACAGCCAGGUCCAGAAACUCCCUAGAAAAGAAAAUGAGCUAAGGGAGACAUGAUUGUUCUGUUCUGUACUGAACAGGAGAAGAGGGACAGCUUUGGAAUUUUAUCAGAGUAGCAGUAUUAAUGACUGUAUGCUGUAUUACCUUAAAAAUUGUGUGUGCAAGUCAGAAUUUUUAAGAGGAAUUUUGAUUAAGGGUUAAUUUUUUUUACAUAGUUUUUUUAAUUCAAUUAUCUUUUUAACCCGUUUUUGAUUUAUGUCACAGAGGCAGAUGAGAACACAGGUGCAGGUAAAAUAAAGCUUUAUUGAAGCUUUCAGACAAAUCCAAAACAAAAAUUCAGAAUUCAACAAAAGGCAAAAAUUCAGAAUCAGGAAACAGACAAUGGUCAGGUGAUGUGCAAACAACAUAAGGCAAGUCAGAGAUGAUUUAAAAAAAAAAAAAAGGAACCAGAACAGGGAUCAAAACCACACCAUCUAAGCUUGGUAUUGCCAGGUAUGGAACACUGAGCCUAUAUUUCCCAAAGAUGGUGCAAACUAUGAGUCCUUAAAUAUUGUGAGCAGUGUUGUGUGAUUGAGUCCAGGUGUGUGCAAUUAGUAUGAAAGUGAACAUGAAUGUGAGAGAGUCUGUGGUUUGGGGGACUGUACUUCUCAGCUGCCAUGUUUGUAGGCCGCAUUAUGUCCUAGCAGUUGUAGUUUGAUGCUGAAUCUGGCAUUUACAUGACCGAACCUUUCUCAGAAGCACUCCCUCUGGGAAUGAGGUUUCUUCUUGGCCUCCCCCUAGGCCAUGGACCUAGGUGAUUUGGGUGACUUGCCUGAAACUCUUGGUCAGGGAUCAAGUGCAUUAUGAACUAGGAUCCCAGCAUCUUUCCUCUGGUUCAUAGCUCUCCCACUUGAUAAGGUACUGAAGCUUACUCUGUCUACGCCAUGAGUCAAGGAUUUAUUUGAUGGUGUAAGCUGGUUAGCCUUUGAUGUCUAGGAGUGCUGGGGAUGGAGAGGAAAUGACUAUUUUCAGAUAGGACACAUGAACAGAUGGGGCUUGGUGGCUGUGACCUACUAAAUCCAACUUAUAAGUUACAUCAUUUAUGCAUUGCAGGACUUUGAAAGAGCCAAAAUAGUGGUGUAACAACUUUCUGCAUCCCUCAGUGGCCAGAAUGUCCCUGGAAGAGAGCUAUACCCAAUCUCCUGGUUCAUCGUUGAGGGUCUCUUCCCUGUGUAUAUCUGCACAUUUAUUGGUUAUCUGGGCAGUGUGCUCUAGGUGUUGGUGGGCUUAUUCCCACCUCUGUUCUCUGUUGGAACCAUCUGUCUACAAUGGGUGACUCUAUGGGGUUGGCGAUCCAUGGGAACAGAGGUGGCUGGUACCCCAGGACAUAGUGAAAGUGUGUUAGCUUGGUUGCAGAAUGCCAGAGGGAAUUUUGGAUAUACUCACUCUAGAGGGCGGCACGGUGGUGUAGUGGUUAGCGCUGUCGCCUCACAGCAAGAAGGUCCUGGGUUCGUGCCCCAGGGCCGGCGAGGGCCUUUCUGUGUGGAGUUUGCAUGUUCUCCCCGUGUCCGCGUGGGUUUCCUCCGGGUGCUCCGGUUUCCCCCACAG